AUGGUCGUGAAACAACCACAAAUUCAAGAUCACGCACCUGCAGUGGACGACGUGACGAGUGUUGAUGAAGCUCUCGCAAUAGCACGGCGCCGUGAUUCAUGGCGCCCAUCCAUUGUUGCGAGUAUCACACCAGAAAUCACAGAUUACACAUCGCUGCUGUUUUCGCCCAUCUUUGUGUCCACCCUUGAGAAUUGCGGCGGAUCAUUUGCAGCCGGCUUUCCGUGCACGUUCUCCGUUUACGUUAAUCGCAAGCCUGAACCGUAUAGUCACGUCGUGGUCCUUAAGGCGUAUCCAAGUAUGAGACAUCUUUGGGGACAAGCCGUAGAGGGUCAGGAAGCUUGGGAAAAGGAAAAUUUGUCCGCGCACCCUGAAGUCUACCCUCAGCGCAACUUGGAGCUCGCAGUCCCACAAUAUUCUCAAGAAAUGGUCCUAAAACAACACAAUGGACAUCCUUGUCUAGGACGAAGGGUUCAGAAGCUCCUGGGGGAAGAGCUGGAUGCAGAAGUGGAGAGGAUGGUGUGCACGAGAGCUCCGAAGAAUGGAAGACGUCAACGAAAAAGGAGACGUUUGGGAGCGUUGGAACAUGAAUUGGCCAAACUCCUCAACACUUCAACUGCAGAAGAAUUAGAGAAAAAUCAAAAAGAGUUAUCAGGAUUCCGAAAUCUGUUUGCUCGAUUUCUCCGAGCCAAAACUCACGUGGACUGGUCGAAGAUCGAGCCAUUACCCGAAGGAACUAUUAGGACAUACAAACACCUGAACGGAGGUCUUGGCACAUCAAUGGGUUGUAAAGGCCCGAAGUCGGUGAUCCCCGUGAGAAAUGAGCUGACUUUCCUCGACUUGACGUUACAGCAGAUUCAGACCUUGAACAAAACAUUCAACGUUGAUGUGCCGUUGGUGCUGAUGAACUCAUUCAAUACCGAAGAAGACACCAAAAAAGUACUAAAGAAGUACGCAAAUGUCAAGGUUUCCGUGCACACCUUCUGCCAAUCGCAAUAUCCACGUAUCAAUCGCGAAACUCUUAUGCCAAUCGCAAAAUCACUCAACGAUAACGAUCAGGAAUGGUUAGUUUCUGUUGGUACCCUCCCGGUCACGGAAAUUUCUAUGAAGCCUUUCUACAAUUCUGGUCUUAUCGACAAGUUUAUUGCAGAUGGAAAGGAGUACUGCUUCCUGUCCAAUAUCGACAACAUGGGCGCAACAGUCGAUUUUCCCAUUCUGAAUUUCCUCCUGUCUCCACCAGCCGGUCACGAUCAUCCAGAGUUCCUCAUGGAGCUUUCUGGAUUGGGUGACUCCCGACGGCUAAUGCUCUUCAAGAAUUUCGGUGAGCUGGAACGGUACACAACAAAAACACGUGCCGACGUGAAAGGAGGUACAUUGAUCCAAUACGAGAAUCGACUUACGUUACUCGAAAUCGCCCAAGUUCCAAAGGAUUAUGUGGACGAGUUCAAAUCUAUCAGUAAAUUCAGAAUCUUCAACACGAACAACUUAUGGGCAAAGCUGUCGGCGAUCAAGCGAGUAGUGGAGAACAAUGAACUCGAAAUGGAAGUGAUCGUCAAUCCAAAACAUCUCGAUCGUGGUGUGGAUAUCAUCCAAUUGGAAACAGCCGCUGGUGCAGCCGUGAAGAACUUCCGAGGAGCAUGCGGAAUCAACGUGCCACGAUCGCGUUUCCUUCCAGUGAAGAAAUGCUCAGAUUUGUUGCUGCUCAUGUCAAAUCUUUACGAUAUUGACCACGGAAGCUUGACGCUCUCCGAGCACAGAUCAUUCCCGACAACACCGCUGGUGAAAUUGGGAUCAAGCUUUGACAAGGUAUCAGAUUUUUUGAAACGUUUCCAAGGCAUCCCUGAUCUGUUGGAACUCGACCAUCUGACCGUUUCGGGAGAUGUAUGGUUUGGGAAAGAUGUGUCACUAAAGGGAACGGUCAUCAUCAUUGCCAACCACGGAGAUCGAAUCGAUAUCCCACCUGGUUCAAUUCUGGAAAAUAAGAUCGUCUCCGGUAAUCUGCGUAUCUUAGAACACUAA